AAUGUACUCAUAUGCUCCUCUUGGUGUUUCAUUUGCCUCUCCAAUUACUACAUCGAUUGUAAGACCUGCUCCAGGUAAUAAUUUAUAACAAUUAUUCAGUGUCUUAUGUGUAACCAGUCUCUUAUGCAUAACCAAUUUCAUAUGCUUAACCAAUAACCUAUGCAUAACCAGCUCCAACAACAAUAAAGGGAGAAUCAAGAUUUGAAUAUGUGCCAUAUUAGAAAUCUGUAGUAGAAUUAGAGGAGGAAUAAAGAGUUGUGAAAGUAGUUUCUUAUUUAUAUUUUUAGGUACCUAAACAAAAGUGGGUGACAGAUUAUUACCCAGUAGAAUAUCAAAAAGAAUACAUACCAUAAGUUACAUAUGAAAAAUAAGUUGAUUAUGUUCCUGUUGAAAAAACUGUUCCAAGAGUGGACUACUUAGAAAGAGAAGUAAGAAGAAGCUCAUUUGUUGCACCUAUCAAUACAGCUCCACAAAUUACUUAUGCUUCACCUCUCUCUUACAGUGUUGCUGCUCCAAUUGCUCCAGUUACUACCAGCUAUGUUGCACCAGCUUAUAGCACAGUUUAUAGAUAUUGAA